AGCACUGCUAAUUCUUUCAUUUUCCCAUCUCUUGGCAGAAUUUAGCAGAACUCUCAUUCAGAGAAAGAAAAAAUGAAAAGUUGGCAACUUCUUUCAUUUUUGUUGCUUUCUUGUGUCAUCGUCUCAGCAAAUACAUAUGGAGGAAAGAAAAAAGCACAGGUCUCCAAGGAGAACCUGAGAACUGGAUGGUGUGACUGUGGCCUCAAGGCACUGGAAUCACAGAGUGAACACACCAGAACGAAGAAACAUCAGAAAACCUCAGAAACCAGAUUUCGACUCUAUACUGAUACAACUGAAGGCGACUGUCAGAUCUUUUUAAAUCAGCUGGAGACUCUUGAGAAAUGCAGUUUCAAUUCCUCCCUUCCUCUGGUGGUGAUAGUCCACGGCUGGUCGGUGGAUGGGAUAUUAGAAGGUUGGAUCUGGAAAAUGGCAGCAGCUCUGAAGGCUCAUCAUAAACCACUGAACGUGAUUGUUGCAGACUGGCUGACCCUGGCUCGCCAGCACUACCCCAUUGCUGUGCAGAACACACGCCAUGUAGGACAGGAGAUAGCAGAAUUCCUGGAAUGGCUGGAGGAAUCCAUUCAAUUUUCCAGAAGCAAUGCUCAUCUAAUUGGGUACAGCCUAGGAGCUCAUGUUUCAGGAUUUGCUGGAAGUUUUAUCAGUGGUACAAAAAAGAUUGGAAGAAUUACAGGCCUUGACCCCGCCGGUCCCCUGUUCGAAGGAAUGUCACCAACAGACCGUUUAUCUCCAGAUGAUGCAGAUUUUGUAGAUGCAAUUCAUACCUUCACUAAACAGCACAUGGGUCUCAGUGUGGGCAUCAAGCAGCCUGUGGCUCAUUUCGACUUCUAUCCCAACGGAGGCACCUUCCAGCCUGGCUGUCACAUCCUGCACGUCUACAACCACAUCGCCCAGUUCGGGAUCACCGGCAUCACUCAAGCUGUGAAAUGUUCCCAUGAGAGGUCAGUUCAUCUGUUCAUUGACUCUCUUCUGCACAAGAACAAGCAAAUCACAGCUUACUGGUGCAACGACAUCAACACCUUCAACAAAGGAUUGUGCCUCAGCUGUAGGAAGAACCGGUGCAACACCCUGGGCUACAACAUCAGGGAGGAAAGGCUCCCAAAGAGCAGACAACUCUUUCUGAAAACAAGAGCACAUAUGCCCUUCAAAGUGUAUCAUUAUCAGUUCAGGAUCCACAUCAUCAAUGAAAUCCAAGGCAAGCCCAUAGACCCAACUUUUACCAUGUCUCUGAUGGGGACUAAGGAGGAUGCUAAAAACCUGCACAUCCCACUAGUUGAAGGUAUUACUGGGAACAAAACCUACUCUUUUCUCAUCACCCUGGAUACUGAUAUCGGUGACAUAAUAAUGAUCAAGUUCAAAUGGGAAGGAACUCCAGUUUGGGAAAACAUCUGGGACACAGUGCAAACCAUAAUACCAUGGACAAAAGGCACCCGUCGACCAGGACUCAUAGUGAAGGCAUUAAGGGUGAAAGCAGGGGAAACACAGCAAAAAAUGACAUUUUGCUCCCAAAGCAUCGACAACGUUCACCUUCAUCCAUCCCAAGAGAAGACAUUUGUGAGGUGUGAAGAUCUCUAUCAGAGAGAAAACUGAGAAUGAGCAGGAACACAAAAAGCAAACUACUCACCAAAGUAUUCAAAAUGCUGUAUACCUGGCAAAAUGAUUUAAAAACACACAGUUACAUUAAAUAUCCUAGUAGGUUCAGAGUAGUGAAGAAAAUACAUUAAAAUAUUUAGAUUUUGUGAUGCAACUGUGCUUUGUUCAUCUACGAGCCUACUCUGGAAAUGACUGAGCAACUUCAUCAAGGCAACAGUCAAUUAUAAACUGUUUAAAGUCUGAAAAAAACAUCUGCUCACCAGAAAUAAAAGUAUUGCUAUUUGAAAGAAUCAUUGCCACAAGCCUUCGAAAAACCUAUGUUUUGUUGGAUUUAAGGGGAAAAAAAAGAGCCUCAAAAGGAGUAUUUCCCAUUAAAUACUUUGAAACAUUAAUAGAGUUAAUAUCAGGUAAAACUUUCCUAAAUUAUUUCCUAAUGCAGGAGGAGUUAAUUAGUUCAUAAAAGAAAAUACUCCCAAAUAGGUAACAAAAUGCAUCUCAACCUACAGAAUGCUUGAGCUGCCAUAACCAUGACAAGCCCAAUAACUGUAUCACCUAAAAACUCUAUACUAAACUUUGCUCUAUUUGAAAGUGCUUUGCUGUUUAACUAUUUUAAUUAAAGAACUGAUUUAAAUUACUAGCAGUUUAAUAAUUUCAAUGAUGCUUAGUGUACUAUAUAAAAUUCUAGCACAACUAAUUGCAGUUAAUUUCUGCAUUUAAAUCAAACUCACCUGUUCAGGUAAGGCCUGAGAGUUUUAGAUUCUAAAUCACUGUAUACCAGAUUUUAGCAUAACUUGAAACUACCACAAUAAAUGCAAAUGCUAAAAUCCUCCAACAGCUUCAGAGCAUAUAAACAAACUUUACAGAGUCAAACAUAUACAAUUCCCUCGUUUCCUAUGUCAGAAUAUAAACUACAAAAAGAAACAUUAUUGCCUCAGAUUGGUUUUAUUCCCAGGUUAGUACGAACUGAAAUAGAAAUCAAUAUGUAUGUAUUUCAUUUGUCCCUUUGUAAUGCUAAGCACAAGAUUCAUUAAAAUGAUGUUUCUACAACUCUGCAUUUUGAAUGCAAUUUGUGUUAAAUGUUCUCCAAAUUGUAAAAAAAAAGUGCAAGAAACUGCUGAGCCAUGGAGGAAAGCAUAUUGUUCGUACCAAGAUACUGCAGGGAAUUUUGAACCAAAAUAUCCAGGUGUUAUCAGGAGGAAAGCGAGAUUUCUUUAGAAAGUAUGACAAAUGAAGGAGUUUUAAAAAGCAUGACAAAAACAAGCUGAGCAGAGUGAGCAAUGCUGCAAGCAGUGAGCACUGAUCCAAUGUUGAAUGCAGGCACCUCUGCCAACCAUUCACAGCAUUAACCUCUAACUUUUACAAGCUGUUGUCCCUUCCUGAGGUGCAAAUUUCAGAAGCUGUUUCAAUAUUUAAAAUGGCCACUGGGAAUUGCAUCUUGAUCAGGAUGAAUAUUUAAAGAUUUAGAUACAAAUUCCAUACUAAAGAAUCUUUAGACCCUCACUGAAAACAAACGUUUGUGCUUUGAAAGAUUUUGUUCAAUGAAGCAAACUGUUUUUUUUAAACACAAAAGCAUUUCCACCUUCUAUGUCAAAAAUCACAAUUCGAGUGAUUAAUUCCAUGCUUCAGGUUGCUAUCCCAAAUAUUUAAAUUUUGUAACAAUUAUUUUAUUAAAGCUCUGUAGUAUGUAGUUUAGUCUGUGAUUGUGUAAAAAUCACUUGCUUAAACACAACAGCAAAGUCAAAUUAGGAGCACACACAGAAGAAGGAAAUUUCAGCCAUAAGUAUUCCAGGUGGAAAAAGGGUCAGGGUUGUCUAUAGUGUGCUGAAACUCAAGUAACAGGGAUACUGCAGUUUUUUUGGGAGAAACCAUUCUCCAGUUCAACUGAGACAAGCUGGUAUAUCCUCAGAUAAGAUUAUUUGAAAAUUUUAAAAAGCCAAGUAGGAAAAUUAAAAUAACAUUCAGUAUUUGAACUCUUGUGUAUAAGAAGACACUUAUUCUGAAGCCAUUUUUCCAAAAACAACUGUCCCAAUUAAAAAUUCUGUCCAUUUGUAAUGACAAAUUAGUCAUUACACUAAUUUCUGAUC